CGAUUUCAUCGGUGUACGUGGAAAAAUCGCGAGUAACCGUGUGAAUUUAUGGAACAUCAGUUCACGUGCUCGUGAUACUUUCAGAAACAUUGAAAGUGUUUAUUGUGCUUGGGAAUUUUAAUAACGGUGUUGUAUCAGUGCAUAAAUGGUGGAUUAUUAUAAUUACAAGAUGUCAGGCAGCGAGGAGGAACCUGAGUCGCAUUCGCAGCCAGGGAUGACCAAGGCGGAAUUGCGGAGGAGCAACAAGCCGAUCAUGGAGAAACGGAGGCGUGCUCGGAUAAAUCAGUGUCUGGACGAGCUGAAGAGCCUGAUACUCGAGGCGAUGAAAAAAGACCCAACUAGGCAUUCGAAACUCGAGAAGGCCGAUAUCCUCGAGAUGACGGUGAAGCAUUUACAAGCGGUACAGCGUCAGCAAUUGAGCACGGCGGUCGCUACCGACCCGGCGGUGCUAACUAAAUUCCGUUCCGGAUUUUCUGAAUGUGCUACCGAAGUAUCGCGGUACGUCAGCCACCUCGAGAACGUCGACCCUGUUGUGAAGCAACGACUGGUAUCACAUUUGAACAAUUGCGUUAGCAAUCUCCAGCAAAUGGCGCCAUUCUACAGCCACUACGUGCCCUACAUGCCGGAACGCCUCUAUCCGGAGGUGAAGGUCGGUUUCCAGAGCGAUUUCCAGAAUGGCGACGAGAAUAAUAAUGGAAGUGCCAGGAUACAGAUACCGAACGGGGUUCAACUGAUACCCAGCAGACUUCCUACAGGAGAGUUGGCCCUUUUGGUACCCCAGUCGGCCAACAUCUCGGCAAACUUUCCUUUCUUCCCCCCGGCUCCAGAAUCUACCUCGAAAAUUGGACAAUCCUCAGCUUUCACCUCUGUCCAUAGAUCACAGAGUCCACUAUUGAGUCCAUCAACCUCCACGUCCAGUUACGGCGAAGAGAAUCAUCAGUCCGAACACUAUGCACAGGCUGCAUCGCCUAAUCAACAACGUCGCUUCAAGAUUCCUGAUCAGAGUUCGGUCUCCUCGAAGAGCUUCUCUUCGUCACCGGAGACCCAGAAGCCACAAAUCAGUUCAACUAGUGACAGAAAAUCCCCAGUAACCAUUUUCAUGGAACCUAAGUCUGAAACGAACUAUGCGUCCAAGAAAGAAGCCGAUUCCUCUGAAACGCUGAACAGCAAUGGAAUGGCGGUAUCCAACUUAAGACAACCAUUAUCAGUGAUCACUGAUAAAACCUAUAAUCGUUCCAGUUCGAUGACAACCAAGAAAGAGUCUCUGAAGAGGCAUCAUUCGGAUGGACUCCUAGUAAUUUCUGAUAAGAGACCUAGGUAUCAAGAUACAAAUAGUUCAUCGAUUAAUCUAACUUCUUCUAAUGGCAUUUCGAAAUCUGGAGAAGAUCAAGCGAUCUCCGUGGAGGAUUUGUCGGGAAGAGCGACUUGUUCGACUAAUAGAAAUUCUAAUUCUAAUCCUAUGAAAUUUGCCGCAGUGGCUGGUCCUUCAGGCGCUAACGGCGAUAUGUGGAGGCCAUGGUGA